AUGGCGGCGACGCAAGUACGUGAGGCGAUCCAGCGGUUCCUGCAGCGCACCAUGUUCCCAAAGCUGCCAAAUCCAGUACCGGUACUGGCUCCUCUGACGUCCAGCGAUGCAUCGUCUUCUACUCUGUCUUCAAACCUGCUGAACGACUUUAUCUGGCUGGCUGCUCCCAAAUCCAAGGUGACACCGUCACGCAAGCGGAUUCGGAACAACGACUUGAGCAAGCGGCUCAAGAACAUUGUGCACUUUCAAGUGUGUCCCUUGUGCGGGGCAAAGAAGCUGCGUCAUCGGUUGUGCAUGAGCUGCUUCAAGCAAGGCAAGUACUUUGUGUAG